CCGAACACGCUACAAGGGCCUUUUUUUGAAACAUGGGCAUCGAUCGGUGGAUUUAUUUUGCCUAUCUAUGAAAGGUGGGAGAGACUUGUAAAAUGGAUGUAUCAAGGUUUUGUUUUGGCAGCAUCCGUGUGGGGAGGUAUCUCAUCAGACUUGACAACCUCAGCCAUCCUAAACUGACAGAUACAGCAGGUGUCUAAGGGCCGUGGCUCUUCUUUGCAUCAUUCACUGGACUGCCGUGUCUCAAGAAGAUCAUCAACUUGUAUUUGAAAACAUCCAAAAUGGGUUGCUCACCAUCCAAAGGUACCCAUUUUGGGACUCUGGGUCCCAUGAGGAAGGGAAGGAUGCUUCCCCCUGCACCUCAAGGAACCCCCAGAGAUUCCCAUUUCGAAGAUGGAGAGAAUCGUAAUUCGAAUGGGGAUACAACGGAGAUCAAGGCAGCUGGACAAAGUCAGGUAUUUAAGAAAGAGGCUCAUUUGACGCCACAGAAAAUGAGAUCUGGAACUCAGCUAGCCCCUGAAGCAGUAAACGUGGAUAAACUGGGCAGUCAAGGAAUGAACAACAACACAGUUGCACAGAGAAAAGACAAUAAUGUUGACAUGCAGGAGGUGGCAGAAAAGAAGUCUGGCAGAAAACCCAAAAAAACUACAAGAGGUAUUAAGGGGAUUAAAAGGAAAGACAAGGACAAAGAAAAACCACCAGAAGAGAAAGUGGACUUCCCUGAACCUUUGGUCCAGGCUCACCAAGCUGCUUAUGCCUUUUUGAAUCCUAGCAUAAACAAAUAUGACAUUUUACUGGGACUUCUGGAACAAGCAACCCAAACACAGACUUCGGUGCAGACCAUGGUAGCUUUCAUGGCUCUACGCUAUGAGGAAAUGAUUCACGGACUGGAGGAGAUAGCAUACGAGGGAGAAAAAGUUUUAAAAGAAAAUGGAGAACAUCUUGCUUGGCCAAGUCAAAUGAAAAACCUCUCAUCUUCUCCAUCUUUGAAGUCUGGCUCUGCUAAUAUUGAGCCCCCGCCGGAUUUGUUGCAGCAGCUGCUUCAGUACACCACACAGAGAAUGCGAAAUGUGAGUCAUACUGUUGCCGGAAUUGGGGAGUGUGCGUUGGAGGAGGCAGUGGAAUACUUUGCCUCUGUCUCAGAGCUUUUAGAGGAGAAAUUGAAAGUCAAACGUGCAGUAGAGACGAGGCUAAUGCGACUCUUAACUCGCAUUGAAAUGGCCUCUCUGUGCAAGCCUGGGCCAGAAGAUUCUGCUCUCUUGAGUGAGGACAGUGGUAUUGGGGCUGAGAGUGAAUCCCUUGCUGGAUCUGAAAGACGCCUUAGAAGAGGGAGUUGUGCGUCCACUAGGACAAAUAGAACUACACCUGCCAGUCCUAUGGGAUACACUUCCAUGAACAUUAGGCAAGAAGUAUCAAGACGAAAGUAUCCAAGUCAAAUAAGUCCAAGUGUGUCCCUCACCUCACUCAACUCAUUAGGUUCCACAUCUACCUUAAUGGGAAGUAACCAUAGAGACUCAUUGUUAGGAUCAGUCUCCUUGGAUUAUGGGGAAGAAGACGACAAUGAUGAGGAGGAGGAGGAGGAGAUGGAUAGAGGCAAGGAAGAUUUACGGAUUAGAAUGCAAUCAAAUUCUUCAACUAUAGACCAUGAACCUCAACGCCCAUGCCGCCUGCCCCCAAAGCGCAUAGAGAAUCCUAAAAAUGUCGAAAUGACUCUCAAAAUGAAAGAUGCCAUUAGUGGUAGGAUACAGUUUGUCCCAUCGCAGAAUGCCACAACAAAGGUAGGUGGCAGCCCCAAAACCAAUAGACGCCAAUGGAUGGAGGAGGAGGAGGAACCUUCUCCAAGGAGGCCUCAAACAACAGCACCUUUUCGUAAGGCAGUCGUAAAAAAGAGCACAGUGGCUAGAGAACGACGUUCCCAGUCAGCGGAAUCCCUGCGCAGCAAAGGUGAAGAUCAUACUCUGCUUGAACUAGAGAGGACCCAGAAGGAUUUAAACCAGAGGUUGCAAAGGAUGAGUAAAAGCAAGGCAAGUGGGAACCUGAAGACUGCUCCAUCAAAACAAAAUCAAGGAACCUCACCAGCACAAUCUCCAGCAAUUCAUCGCAAAAAUCCCUCACUACACAAGAACAGCAAUCCUCAACCACUUGAUGACAAAGCAAGCCUUACAAGGCGCAACAGUUUAAAACAGGAAGUAGCUAGUGCUGUGGAAGAUGAUAAACCUAUGGACAAGAAAACAUCCAAGGGUCCAAUAAAAGCCACCCCACCUCCUAGUCCUCCUUCAUCACCACGGCCAUCUUCAGGCCUUUGCAGAGGCAGGAACUCAGUCAAAAGACUGAUCAAUACGUUUAGUCAAGGAAUAGAGGCUUUAGAAGGUCUUCAAGUUCUGGGGCCCCUCAAAGGAGUACGGAAGUGUGGUGUUCCGGUGUUACCUGGCUUAGGGAAUAUGGAAGCCGUGCUUAGUAGUGGGAUAACAAGCUGUAGACCUGAUACCCCUUCAUCUGAGAAAACCAACCAUUUUGAUCUGGAUAGUCUUCCUCCGCCUCCGCUGGAAGUAUUAAUGGACAAUUCCUUUGAAAGUGCCCAGAAUCUUUUAACUGGUGGAGCAGAUGAAGGGGCAACAAAACACGGAAAGUCGCCUUCAUUAAAAAGGGCUGGACUCUCACAACGACUGAGGGCCUCAGUUCAGUCAGUGAUAGUGCUGCCAAGUAAAGGAGGCCUGCCACAGGCGUCCAAGGUUAUUUCCUUUCCUAGAGCGAAUCAACAACACACAUCUACUCCGUCAAUGGUCAAUCAACCAGACAUCCAACUGAAGACAGACACCAGGAAGGAAAAGGAUUCCUUGUACCAGCAAGAAAGAAAGAACAUACACCUACGACAGUCUUCAGACUUACAAAGAUUGUCAACAAGUUACGUAUCAACAAAUCCAUCUGCCAUUCAAGGAGAAUCAGCAGACAUACAAGGUGGUGGCAACUUUUCAGUGCCUGGAUGUAAUACUACAGUAUCUACAGUGCCUCCUCCUUCUGUGGUCAGGAGUCAACCACCUGCCACACCACCUGUAAAUAGGGGGCGAAUGUUACCCUCAACACCUUCUACAGCAAGCAUUCUACAUCGAAGACUUCCUAGUACUCAGCACUUUAAAAGGCAACCUUCUCCACCUUCUUCAGCCAGCCCCCCUGUUAACAGGAAACUCCCGACAUCACAAGCGGUUCCAGGAAGGCUCCCCAGCCCAGCUGUCACAAAGCAGAAUAUUCCAAACUCAAAUUUGUCUUCCUCCUACCCUUUCAAAGCACCGUCUCCACCAGCCUCGCCAAAACUACAAAGAUGGUCAAGGGAGAACAGCACUGAAAACUUAUCCAGUGCUCAGAUAACCAAUAACGCACGUUCAGUCUUCUGCCCCGCGUCACCAUCACUGUUUGAGGCCCAGCCUUGUCCAGUUCCCCGACCACCACAAGCAUGGACCUCCACCGGGGUCUCCUUUCUCUCACGUUCUUGGGGGAGUCGUGGGAGGUUUCCUGUAUUUGUUCAAGGACCUCGACCCUUCAUCCGACGUAGCCAAUCAGAUCGAAGGCCGAGUCUAAUUGUGCCACAGAGAUCGGCAGGCAUCUCGGUGGCUGAGACUUGUGGGAGUGAGCCAUCAAUAUGCUCACAGGGGCUCGUUGAUGAACCAACCAGGGACGAAGAAUUCUGGGGGAGCCAAUCAAACCUCAGAGCUCCUCUACGCUCGGCAUCGCAUCCGGACCUCUGUGUUGUCGGACAGGCCUUGUUUAGAGACUAAAGGGGACCAAUGACGUGCCAGUGGGAUUAUGGAUUAGCAGGCUUUAACAAGGAGUUAAGAGGGUGUUCAUGCCACGGCAAAGAGAGCAGGAGCAAAUCGUAUCCACUUUGCUGUGGUAGCGCAUCUCCACAAUGUUUAUGAUAAUGUGUUGGGUGAAAAGGUGUGCAUAUUUGCAUGCAUACUUGAUUAUGCACACUGUCUGUGUGCACUGUGUACACAAUUCCCCCUUUUACAAUAAAUGGGACUCAUUACCUUCGUAAAGAGGCAGAUUCAGGUGUUUAGUCAUGCUCCAUACACGGUGACAUACUGCGAGUUCACUUUCAGUUCACUCAGGCCAAAGGUCACGUCCUCAAAAUGCUAAUCGUGUAACUUCUCGGUGGCUCAAUGGUCGCAGGUGUCUGUUUCAACUUCUAUUAAUUCCCCCCAAAAUUAAUUAAAAACAAAUAUUAAAGUGUGUUGAUAAAUAAUGGAGUAGUCUUGCGCCAUUACUGACAGAUAAGCAUCCCUGAAUGAGCUGAAAGUACCUUCAUUGCUUCAGUUCCAUGAACCAUUCAUUUGAGUCUCAUCAGAGAUAUGUCUUUGUGUUAAUCAAAACAAUAACACAAUGAAAUGUCAUUUUUGACUGGUUUAGUUCUUUCAGUGAGAUGCCAUUUUUCUCUGAAAUCUUAAAACGAAGUCGACCUCAAUCAAUUUUUUUAUUUUAAGUUUUUCUUCUAUCCAAUUGUUUUUUUCCGUUUCAUUUUUACAAUGUGUUUAUUAAUAAAAAAUAAAACAUCAUACAAUCAUU